AUGCUCAGAACUCACUCUUUCCUGAGUACUUGGACCCAGGAAAGAAGCAUGAAGUGGCUUGGGAUCCUUGGGCUGGUGGCCGUCUCAGAGUGCCUAGUCCUAAUCCCUCUAACAAAGGUGAAGACCAUGCGAGAAACCCUCAGGGAAAAAGACUUGCUGACAAACUUCCUGGAGAAGAACAAUGACAACCGGUCCCAGAAUCGCGCCUAUUACCCGAAAUUGACUCUUCAUCCCCUGAGGAACUACCUGGAUCUAGCCUAUGUUGGCAACAUCACCAUUGGAACGCCACCUCAGCAGUUCAGGGUCCUCUUUGACACUGGCUCAGGUGACCUGUGGGUGCCCUCCAUCUACUGCUACAGUCCCCCCUGCCGUACACACAGGGUCUUCAACCCUCACGCGUCCACCACCUUCCGGCUCUCGGGCCGGCCCGUCGACCUCAUCUACGGCUCCGGGAGGAUUAUUGGAUUUCUUGGCUACGACACUGUUCGGAUCGGGAGACUUAUUGACAUGGUCCAGCCAUUUUGCCUGAGCCGGUCACAGUUUGGGAUGAAGGAUGCACCCUUUGAUGGCAUCCUGGGCAUGGGCUACCCCAGCCUCGCCAUCCGAGGGACCACCCCCAUCUUCGACACCCUGAAGAGACGAAGCCUCAUUCCUCAGGCUGUCUUUGCCUUCUACUUGAGCACCCGGAAGGAGAAUGGCAGCAUGCUUAUGUUAGGCGGGGUGGACCACAGGUACUACAAAGGAAAGCUCCAGUGGAUACCAGUGUCCCGAACCCACUACUGGCAGAUAACCAUAAACCGCAUCACCAUGAACGGGUUGAUUCUUGGUUGUUUACGCGGCUGCCAGGCCAUUGUGGAUACUGGGACCUCGUUCCUAGUUGGCCCAACUAGACUGAUCGCCAUCAUCCGGACGCUCAUCGGCGCCAAGGGUCAAGAGUUCGCGGUUCCAUGUACCUCUGUGUCUCGCAUGGCUGCUAUCAUCUUCACCAUCAACGGCAAGGACUACCCAGUGCCCUCUCAAGCCUACAUCAGAAAGAGCCGACGGGGCUUCUGCCUCAGCAGCUUUGCAGGGGGCACAGAGAACAUGAGCCGGUCGGAGAUCUGGAUCCUGGGCGACGUCUUCCUGAGGCUGUAUUUCUCGGUUUACGAUCGGGGAAAAAACAGGGUUGGCCUGGCUCCCGCAGUGUAA